AUGGGGUUCGGCCGGCAGCCGGUAGCUGCUGACGCGUACCCGGCAUCGCCGCUCGGCAGAAGCGUGACGAGAGGAUUCGCCGUGGAGCUCUAUUUCGAUACGGCCCUGGAGAACCAGAUACUCAGGUUUGCCUUGUCCCACGCACCUUUUCUUUUCUCUCCUGUUUCGCUUUGCACACCACGCAAUUUGGUUUCAUUUGAUCCGAUCGGGAGCCCUAAACUCUCCGCACCGUCCAUUUCUUUCUCCCAUUCUCCUUGUCUCUUGUUUCUCUUCCUUCGCUCCUCCCCUGUCCACUCCAGCCUCUCUCUUCACACCCCGUCUGACCUGGAACCUUCCAAGCUUCGCACAGCCAUAGAGAAUUUCGCGCAGCAGCAGCACCCGAUUCCAGUCGCUCUGGCUGCGGUCGGGAGCUUCCCAGCAGCUUCCGUGUCGCGACCCGCGUUCUCUCCCACGGCGGUCAACAGCACCAGCCAUGCUUCGACAGGGAAUAACUCUGUAACGAGUACAGAUGGUGGGAAUAGCAGCAGCACCAGCAGUCCAGGUGCACGUGCAUCCAGUGGUGCUGCUGGUACUGGUGUUGGUGUUGGUGUUGGAGCUGCUGCUGCUGCUGCUGCUGCUGCUGCUGCUGCUGCUGCUGCUGCUGCUGCUGCUGCUGCUGCUGCUGCUGCAGCUGGUGGGGCUACGGCACCGGCAGCCACCAGUGCGCUGUUUCUGGCACCAGUUCCUUCUAUUGCUCUGCUCACACUACACGAGCAACUGCAGGAGCUCCUGAAAAGACUAGCCAUUCCUUGCGACCCCAACUACCUGCCCGGAUCCUGGCUGCCCGUCUGCCCGAUCACCCAAGAGCUGCCCGAAGAAAAACUUCCCAGCAGUUUCCACACCGUUCGAUCCCAGAAGUUGCCUCUUUCCGGGCACCUAUGUGAAAUAGGCCUUGUGGAGUUUGUCCCAUCUGGUGCUGGCGCUGACUCACGCCAGCUCAGCGCCAUCAAGGCGGAUGGUGGCAUGGCUGGGGUUGCUGUGAUUGGUAGUGGUGAUGGGGAGAAGGGAUGGGGGAGGGAGAAGGAAGGCGGGGUAGUACAGGGGCGUGUUAUAGAGCAUUACUCCUUCACACUUGGAGGGGACUUCAUGUGA